AUGGCCGAAGACAAUCAAACAGCGCCAGAGCUAUCUGCGUACCCACAAACUGUGAAGCCCUCCCACCCUUUAGCCAAGCGCCGCACAUUUUGUUAGCCCACCCUUUUUUUUUUACCGACACCCUCCUUUUUUGCAACACUUCCAUUUUGUCGCUGGCACCGCAGGGGGGAAGUGCAGCACUGCUACGCGUCCAGUUCGUUAAUGGCCGCCCCGCAUAGCGGUUCGCGACUCCCUUGCAUUCCUUCUCCGUCACCCGGGACCGUCAUCAUCAGCGUCCUCACCGUCGUGUCCCCCACUACCGCCCCGGGACUGUUCACAUUAGAAUCAGGUCGAACGGGUGGAGGAGCCACCGAGCCAGUGGCCAGAUAGAGGAGUUGGGACGUUCAGACCGCGUUCAAGUUCACGGGAGUGAGGAAGCUCGAGCCCGGGUGCCGUCGCGCUAUCGCGGACAUCAGCGAAGGCCGUGAACAUGACCUCCACGUUGACCGCAGUGGUGACCACCACGGCCUGCCUCGUGCUACACCUCACAGCUGCGGAGCAGGUGGCAUCGCUGCCGCAGGUGGAGUGCCCCGAGAAGGAGGGCGUCCAGACGUACCCCCACCCCGAGCUGUGCGACCAGUUCUACCUGUGCAGCAACGGCACUCUGACCCUGGAGCGCUGCCAAAACGGACUGUUGUUCAAGGGAGGACACGGGGCGACCCACCACCACUGCCACUACCACUGGGACGUCGACUGCGGCAACAGGGCGUUGGAGUUGAUUCCCCUGUCGUCCGACGGCUGCGAGUUCCAGUUCGGUCUGUACACGGAUACGGCGGGGGCGUGCAGCGGCAAGUACACCCGCUGCGAGUUUGGCCGCGCCCAGCUGGUGGAGUGCCCGCCGGGGCUGGCGUUCGACGUCACCAUCCACCGCUGCCAGUGGCCAGACCAGCUGGAGCACAUCGGCUGCACCGCGGAGCAGGUGACUGGGUUCAAGUGCCCGUCGGGCAUCCCCUCCGACCCAGUCUCGGCCCGCUUCUGGCCGUACCCACGCUUCGCCAUCGAGGGCGACUGCGAGAAACUCAUCUCGUGCGUCAACGGCCACCCGAGGAUAGUCUCGUGCGGAGAGGACCUGGUCGUGGACGACUCCACCCUGACAUGCGAGGAGCCCGAACUGGUCCCCAAUUGUCAUUAUGUGCAGCAGAGACGAAGGAGGAGCGUCAGAGAACGGAGAAGUGACCGGACGAACUAGAUUAUUUUAAAUAAUAACGCACCUUUAGAUUAAGCAACUGCCGUUCGUUGCUUGUCUUGAAGUAUUGAAAUAAGUAUUAUUAGAACAUUAAGGAAUCUUCAUUUGUUUUCUUAGAAACGCAAUCUCUUUUCAAUCACAAGUUCUCGAAGGGACUCACAAAUCACG